AAUGGAUUAGGAAACUCAAUAUGGGUGUGUCUCAUCUCCUCCAGGCUAUGGAGCCAACAGUAUAAAAAGCUCAUCCUUUAGGUAAUCUAUCAGAUCAAUCCUCUGCUUGUCCCUGUGAGAACUGAUUACCCUCCAAUCCUGCAAAAAUGGCCAGUGGUGGAAGAUACGACCAGUGCUAUGCCCAGUGUCCUGCAUCUACAGUGACCAUCCAGCCACCACCUUUCGUCCUGAACAUCCCAGGACCUGCACUCUACUGCCCAGACCAGCCUCUAGCCAUUCAGCAGUACAACCCCUGUGCCCGAGGUGGCUAUGCAACUGGUGGCAGUGCCGCUCUGUAUGCUAACGACUUCUCCAACUUCUACUCUCGGGCCCUGCCAAGCAGCAACUACAGCUACAGCAGCUAUCGGUAUUAACACCUUGGGGAGAAUGAGAACAAAGCAAGAAUAUGUUCUAGUGAUCCAGAAAUGUAAUUGUUUACCAAUUGGUUGAGCUUCCACAGUCACCUAAUAUUUGAUCCUUAUUUGCUGUCUGGGAUCUGCCAUUUGCUAACAGCCUUUCAUUUUGCAAAUGUGCCUUUGUAGAAUGUGCUCCUUCUUGUCUUUGUUCAUAAUAAAAUAUUAUUAAUAUUGCAUGUCAA